AUGAAGAGGGUCAAAAGACUUGUGCUAGAGAAAUUAGAUGGUAGCUAUGUUGAUGAUUUCAAUAAAUUGGAGGGUUAUGCUCAAGAGUUAAGGGACAGCAACCCUGAUACUGAUGUGAUUAUAAACAUAUCCAAAGAGGCUUUGUUGGAACAUGGACAAAGAAAGUUUUUGAGAAUGUAUAUUUGUAUUCAGGCUUUGAAAAGUGGCUGGAGAGCUGGUCUGAGGCCAUUUAUAGGGUUAGAUGGCACCUUUUUAAAAGGGAAGUUCAAGGGAAUUUUAUUGGUUGCACUUGGACAAGAUUCAAUGAAGCAUUUUUAUCCACUUGCUUGGGCAGUGGUGGAUAGAGAAACUAUUAGAACAUGGAAAUGGUUCAUUGAGUUGCUGAGGAACUCAUUGGGGUUGGCAGAUGGUGAAGGAUUGACACUUAUGUCUGAUAUGCAAAAGGGCUUGAUUGGCGCUGUUGGUGAUUUGCUUCCAAAAGCACAACAUAGAUGGUGUGCAAGGCACAUAGAAGCCAAUUGGUCCAGGUCUUGGAGUGGUGUACAGAUGAAGAAGAUGUUUUGGUGGUCUGCUUGGAGUACCUAUGAAGAGGAAUUUAAUGACCAAUUAAAGUCUAUGGGUUCUGUGUCUAAACAAGCAGCCAAAGAUCUUUUAUGGUUGAAACAACUUGAAGAAGAGGGUAAGAGGUGGACAGAAAAGUAUUGUCCAUACUCCAUAGAUCUGUAUCAUGAUUUUAGUAUGAUUGCACAAGGUUGUCAAGUUGUUGCUAAUGGAGAUUUAGGAUAUGAGGUGGCUGAGGGUAUAGAUAGACAUGUUGUGAAUCUUGCUACAAAGAAGUGUACUUGUAGGACAUGGGAUUUGACAGGAAUACCAUGUCCUCAUGCUAUUAAAGCAAUUAGAACUAUGAUAUACUAG